AGUGCGAACCGACUCCGUUUGCUCCCGGGCAUAGAUAGAAUUUGGAUGGCAGAGCCCGCCGGCAGCUGAUGACCCCUCUCUUUCGUUUCUCUUUUACUGAGUUUUAAAAUUCAAUUUUUGAUCAAUUCGUUAAAAUGUAUUGGUCGAGAAUUUUAUCUGGCUUUGCUUUUUUAGCUUUGGUCCAGUGUGUCGUCAGAAGGGAAACUUCUAGAAGUACUGACACUGUCCAGAGUCUACUGCCAGGUGAAGUGCUCCACUGUUGUAAUUCACCAGAAUCAAGGGAGUUGCAGACCUAUUGCUACAGUGGCAGACCAAAGCAUAUACUGCAUUUAUGGCAAACUGUAAUUCUAAGAAUUAAAAGUAACGAUGAAAGCUUUGAAUUAUAUGAGGGAGAUACACCCGAAGCUGUUCGAACGGCUUAUGAUCAACAUCGAUCCUCUUGGGGCCUUCACGUAAUUUGGGGACAACAGAGAUCAAAUGAAAUAAAACUACCAGCAUUUAACCGGAGCUGCAUUGGUGUUAGCAGUUCUUCUGAUUAUUCUGUCCACCUUCUAGUUAUACGUGUGGACUAUUGGCGAGUCUUACAGUUUGUCUGUGGACUUCUCUUGUUUUUCUCUGCCUCAAGGCUUAGUGAAAAUUAUUUAUUUUAUUACAUUAGUUGCAUUGCAUUAGGAAUGACAGCUUCUGCCUUCAUUGUCACUUAUUUCAUAAGCAAAUUGCUGCCAGCGAAAAAAUUCCUGGUCACUCCAUUUUUGGUUGGAGGCAGUUUUGUUUAUAUUUACAUAUGGAGAUGGAUAUGGGAAAACCUACGCUUUAUUCUUGUUGAGUACAGGCAAUAUGUCCUGUCAUAUUUUGGGAUCACUGGGCUCAUUAGCUUUGUGAUCUGUUAUCGAUAUGGUCCUAUCACUGACAAGCGCAGCAAAAAUUUGAUCAAGUGGUCACUACAGAUUAUGUCCGUGGUUAUGGUGCUUUUGAGCAGUCAAUUUCAAGAAGCCACCAUUGCAAUAGUUCUACUUCUGUUUGCACUGUACAAAUUUCCCCGAUCGUUGGUAUCCAAGGCCAGAUCUCAAUGGAUUCGUCGUUUCCCUCCCAAACCAAAACUUUUAUCAGAAGAUCAAUACUAUGAACAAGGAGUUCGUGAAACACAAAAAGCCUUGGAUGAGCUCCGUGGCUAUUGCUCAAGUCCUGAUUGCAACCAAUGGAAAACCGUUCUACGUAUAAAGGACCCUGUCAGGUUUGCAAAAUUUGUGGAAGGCAAGUCACAUUUAGAUGACAAUGAAGUGCUGGAUUAUGAAAUUGCAACUCCCAGGGAACUUGAAUUCUCUGAUGAAUCUGAAUCUGACUCUGAUUCUGUUAUGACUGAUUAGUUAGUUAUUGUUCUGUGAGACUGUUCCUGGUUGGGUUUUUGUAAUACUUUUUUUUGAUGGGUUAUUAAUUAAGACUGCCACCUUACAUAACACCCCUUUUUUUAGUACAAAUUUGGUCUAAAAUAAAAAAGAUCAAACAUCAUCAUUUGAGAAAAAUUGUUCUCAUCAUCUUUGUUGUGUUUGUUUUUGUACCAUGGUUAUUCUGUGAUUUAUGUAGGCUAUUAAAUACUGUCUAUCCGCAUCAUUUUGUCUCACCCUUUUUAAAGUACUGAACUUCCUUAUUUAUUUUAAAUGUGACAUGAUUUUUAUUAAUUUUUUGUAGUAAACACUUGUAUAAAUCCCCUAUUUAUCAGUUUUUUGUGGUUCCUGCUAACAUGUAAGAUGAAUGUACUGACAUGGUUUCUAAAGCUUUGUGGUAAAAUGUUUUAACUCUUCACAAACAAAUUUCAUGAAUUUAAUUGUAUUACUUUGUUUGUCUUAUUGUUGGGUGAUUGUUAAUAUUGUCUGAUCCUGAUCUCUCUUGCUAGUCAAUUAAUCUGACUGUUGAGUGGAUAGUUUGGAUUUUUUAUUAAUGUAUUUUUUUGAAAAUAUUGUGUCAGUUACUCUGCUCCCUACCACUGCUGUAUUUGGUCAUGAGGGCAUCCCUUCCUCGUGAUUGUUCCAUGUUUGUCAUGAUGUACAUCAUUCAUUUGUAAUAAAAUAACAUCAAACCUUGACUAA